GCCGCCACCAUCUCGACAGCCACGCGCACGCCUAGAGCGCCCUGGCCCUCCUUCCCUCCCUCCUCCUCCUUCUUCCUCCCAGGCCUAGCCUGGCUCCGGCCUAGCGCCCUCAGCCCCGCCGCCUCAGACUUCGGACCCAAGCGGCAAAGACCACGACGACGACGAGGAGGCCCAGCUUGAGGAGCGAGUGAGGCGCCAAGGGCCCAGGGCGGGAAGCGGCGGCUGACAACAGGUGUACAGCCAAACAGAGUUCAAUUGGGCAGCGUGCAAGCGCAACUGCUAAAGUGCUGGAAGAACAUGCAAUGGAAGUUUUCAUCUGGAAAGCAAAAAGCCAAUGGGUGGCCUCGGGGUGCUGUGGGUACGAGUGUUGCUGAAUAAUCACAGGUUGACAACGACAUGACAGAGUAGAAGAUCAGCCUUACAUCUUAUACCAGUGAAGCCAGAUCACAGGAAACAGUUGAAAGCACUUUUAAGCCUAUGCUUGGCCCAGCAGAGGAGGACUGGCAAAGACCUGUUUUUAAUCAACGGCACAAAAUUGUGAUCACCCCAAUGUCACCGAAUGGCCACAGCUUGUAAAAGAUCACCAGGAGAACCUCACUCUGAAAACAUUGAAGCUAGCCGAAUGAAGCGAGCAGCUGCAAAGCAUCUAAUAGAACGCUAUUACCAUCAGUUAACUGAGGGCUGUGGAAAUGAAGCCUGCACGAAUGAAUUUUGUGCUUCCUGUCCAACUUUUCUUCGUAUGGAUAACAAUGCAGCAGCCAUUAAAGCCCUCGAGCUUUAUAAGAUUAAUGCAAAACUCUGUGAUCCUCAUCCCUCCAAGAAAGGAACAAGCUCGGCUUAUCUAGAAAACAAUUCCAAAGGUGCCCAUAACAACUCUUGCACUGACAGAAAAAUGAACAAGAAGGAAAUGCAAGGCCCAAGAGAUGACUUUAAAGAUGUGACUUUCUUAACAGAAGAAAAAGUAUAUGAAAUUCUUGAACUAUGUAGAGAAAAAGAGGACUAUUCUCCUUUAAUCCGUGUCAUUGGCAGAGUAUUUUCUAGUGCUGAAGCAUUGGUACAGAGUUUUCGAAAAGCCAAGCAACAUACAAAAGAAGAACUGAAGUCUCUUCAAGGAAAAGAUGAAGAUAAAGAUGAAGAUGAAAAGGAAAAGGCUGCAUGUUCUUCUGCCAUGGAAGAAGAUGUAGUUGCACCGUCAUCGUCAUCAUCAUCAUCAUCAUCAAGAAUAGGAGAUAAUACACAGGGGGAUAACAACCUACAAAAACUAGGCCCAGAUGAAGUCUCUGUGGACAUUGAUGCAGUGAGACGGGUCUAUAAUAGAUUACUUUCUAAUGAAAAAAUAGAAACUGCCUUUUUAAAUGCACUUGUGUACUUGUCACCCAAUGUGGAAUGUGACUUGACUUACCAUAAUGUGUACUCUCGAGAUCCUAACUAUCUCAACUUGUUUAUUAUUGUUAUGGAAAAUGGUAACCUUCAUAGUCCUGAGUACCUGGAAAUGGCAUUGCCAUUGUUUUGCAAAGCAAUGAGUAAGCUACCCCUUGCAGCGCAAGCAAAACUUGUCAGAUUGUGGUCUAAGUACAGCGCAGACCAGAUUCGACGAAUGAUGGAAACUUUUCAGCAGCUUAUUACCUACAAAGUCAUAAGCAAUGAAUUCAACAGUCGUAAUUUAGUGAAUGAUGAUGAUGCCAUUGUUGCUGCUUCAAAGUGCUUAAAAAUGGUUUACUAUGCAAACGUAGUAGGAGGGGAUGUGGACACAAAUCACAAUGAAGAGGAAGAUGAAGAGCCUAUUCCAGAAUCCAGUGAGCUAACUCUUCAAGAAUUGCUAGGUGAGGAAAGAAGGAAUAAAAAAGGGCCUCGAGUAGACCCAUUGGAAACUGAACUUGGUGUAAAAACUAUAGAUUGCCGAAAACCACUUAUCCCCUUUGAAGAGUUUAUCAAUGAACCACUGAAUGAUGUUUUGGAAAUGGACAAAGAUUAUACAUUCUUCAAGGUAGAAACAGAAAACAAAUUUUCCUUUAUGACGUGCCCCUUUAUACUGAAUGCUGUUACCAAGAACCUGGGAUUGUAUUAUGACAACAGAAUCCGUAUGUACAGUGAACGACGUAUUACGGUGCUCUACAGUUUAGUUCAAGGACAGCAGUUAAAUCCAUAUUUGCGACUCAAAGUGAGACGUGAUCACAUCAUAGAUGAUGCACUUGUCCGGUUAGAAAUGAUUGCCAUGGAAAAUCCAGCAGAUUUGAAAAAACAGUUAUAUGUGGAAUUUGAAGGCGAACAGGGGGUUGAUGAAGGAGGAGUUUCCAAAGAGUUUUUUCAGCUAGUUGUAGAAGAAAUCUUCAACCCAGAUAUUGGAAUGUUCACUUAUGAUGAAUCUACAAAAUUGUUUUGGUUUAACCCAUCCUCUUUUGAAACUGAGGGACAGUUUACACUGAUUGGGAUUGUAUUGGGUCUGGCCAUUUAUAACAACUGCAUUCUGGAUGUCCAUUUUCCAAUGGUGGUCUACAGGAAGUUAAUGGGCAAAAAAGGAACUUUCCGUGAUCUGGCAGACUCUCACCCUGUUCUCUAUCAAAGCUUAAGAGACUUGUUGCAGUAUGAGGGAAGUGUGGAAGAUGAUAUGAUGAUAACCUUCCAAAUAUCUCAUACGGAUCUCUUUGGUAAUCCAAUGAUGCAUGAUUUGAAGGAAAAUGGAGAUAAAAUCCCUAUUACAAAUGAGAACAGAAAGGAAUUUGUCAAUCUGUAUUCUGACUACAUUCUCAACAAAUCAGUGGAGAAGCAAUUCAAGGCCUUUCGGAGAGGAUUCCACAUGGUAACCAACGAGUCUCCCCUAAAAUAUUUAUUUAGACCUGAGGAGAUUGAAUUGCUUAUUUGCGGAAGUAGGAAUCUAGACUUUCAAGCCCUAGAAGAAACUACAGAGUAUGAUGGUGGCUAUACCAGAGAUUCUCUUAUUAUUAGAGAGUUUUGGGAAAUUGUCCAUGCAUUUACAGAUGAGCAAAAAAGACUAUUCCUUCAGUUUACAACAGGCACAGACAGAGCACCAGUAGGAGGACUUGGAAAACUAAAGAUGAUUAUAGCCAAAAAUGGCCCUGACACAGAACGGUUACCCACAUCUCACACAUGCUUUAAUGUCCUCUUGCUGCCAGAGUACUCCAGCAAAGAAAAACUUAAGGAGAGAUUGUUGAAGGCCAUCACAUAUGCCAAAGGAUUUGGCAUGCUGUAAUGAAAUAAAUAAAAUAACAAAAGGGAUAAAGAGAUUGGUGGUGAUGGUGUCCCUGUCCAAAAAUAAAUAAAAUUAUAAAAUAAUACCCACAAAGGCCAUAAGAUAAUAGUGAGCAACCGUAGUCACCUGUGUUUGUGCCUCCCUUCUUCACUUGGGGACUUUGGGCUGGAACAGCAGAUUUCAGCUGCUUCUAUGAACAAAUUAUUUUCUUUUAGCGUGAAAGUGUUACAUAUUCUUUCACUUGUAUGUACAGAGAGGUUUUCUUGAAUAUUUAUUUUAAAGGGUUAAAUCACUUUUGCUUGUGUUUAUUACUGCUUGAAGUUGAGCCUUUUGAGUAUUUACCAGAAAACAAAACUGUACUCUCCCAAGGAAAAUAUUGCCAUCAUUUGUAGAUUGUGUAAUCUUUAAGUAUGUGCUACAUUUUUGUCCCAAUUAUCGAAUCAAAAUCAGGAACUGUACUUUUUUGAACAGUUUUGCUUUUGAAACUUGGAAGUCUUGGAAAACAAAAUGGUGUGAUGCAAUGACUGCUGUUCUAGCCCCCAAAGAAAUUUGUGGAAAAUUUUAGAAUCAAUAAAGAUGGAAGGGAGAACUUUGAAUGUUAAACUACAGCCUUUGAGAACUUUACUUUAGUCACAGCACAACAAUUAAAAAAAACUCAUUUCACUAUA